GAAGCUGGGGAAUCUUGUUUAUAAGCUUCGGUGCUUGCUCUUUGGAUCAUAAUAAAAUGAAAGUAUUCUAUACCUUUGUGUCAGUAAGUCUGUUUUUUCUACCCGCCCUGGUCAUACUGGUUAUGUACACUCUCGUUUUUGUUGUUGUUCAUAAACGACAAAAGAUGCUGAGAAAUGGCGAACUGGGUCAAACCUGCAAUGAUCGGAACCAACGAAGUGCCUUUCUUCAAGAUCUGAAGACUAUUCGAAUGUUAUUGGUUGUCGUGGGAGUGUUUAUACUUUGUUGGGGUCCUUACUUUAUUUGUUUGAUGCUGGCGCUUUACUAUCCAAAUGUGUUUGCUUUCGAUACCACGCAAUUCAGCAACUGGCGUCGGUUUUUCAUGGCUACCUUGGUAAUAAGGAUACUUCCUUAUUUCAACAGUCUAUGGAAUCCAAUAAUUUAUGCCUGUCUGGAUCAAACGUACAGAGAGGCUUUCAAAAAUCUGUUUCAGCCAAUGAUGUGUCGAUCAAGUCCAAGAAGACGACAACCGCCUGAGGCAAUUGAGUUACCUCCACUGAGAAGAAGAUAA